AAGCAAAAACUUUGGGGAGGUAAAUGCAAUUUGGAGUAUAUACGUCUACAUAUAAGAGCAUCGACAAGGGUUUCUUUUCUUUCACGCAGCUGAAUCUAGGGUUUUUGACUUUCAGCAGCUGCUUCUCGUCGCGCCGGCCGUCUACCCAUUUGCAAUGGCCAAGAGAACCAAGAAGGUUGGGAUCGUCGGGAAAUAUGGCACCCGGUAUGGUGCUAGUUUGAGGAAGCAGAUUAAAAAGAUGGAGGUUAGCCAGCAUAGCAAGUACUUCUGCGAGUUCUGCGGAAAGUACGCCGUGAAGAGAAAGGCAGUCGGCAUUUGGGGAUGCAAGGAUUGUGGCAAAGUGAAAGCAGGCGGUGCUUACACCAUGAACACUGCCAGUGCCGUGACCGUGAGGAGCACCAUCAGAAGGCUGAGGGAGGCGACAGAGAGUUAAAUUUAGUGAAAGUUUUUAUUUGGCAUAUUUUCCCACCUUUUGAAUUAUAAUUUCAAUUGAAGUAGUCCCUAGACUUGUGAAAUUUGGUGAGCUUUGCUAGCCACCUAUAUGCACUUGACUUCUAUAUUCCUUUUUGGCUAAAAUUCUUGGAAAUUUAGCUCUCAUUUUGAGAA